AUGACACCUGGAACAACCGCGUUGGAUCAGGAGGUACCAGAGGUGAGCCCACCCUACCCCGCACCCCACCCCCCAUCCUCCCAGAAGCCUCGGGCCUAUGUCUUCUCUCUUUCGCUCUUGUACCGGCUCACCCUCGGCCUCCGGGAAGUUCCACGUUCCCGCCAGGUUCGUCUGUCCUGGCCGCUCACCCACUUCGCAUACCCCCGGUCCCCGCGAGCGCGGAGCCCACUGCCCCAGCGCCCGGACUUGUCUUCCUCCGCGCGGAGACCCGGAUGCUGGCCGCCCCGCCCCCCGGCUCACGCGCCCGGAUCUACUUUCUCGGCGUCGCGGCCUCCUCGCGGCCUCCUCGCGGCCCCGGCGCUGACCGUUAACGCCGCCAACGGGCGAACCGGGGCGGCGGGGCCUGCGUGGCGAGGGCCACCUGCCUCACGGGCGUCGCCCCAGGCCGCCGCGCACUCCGUCCUCAUCGUCCCCUUGCCCUUCCCUGGCGUCCAUCGCCGCCUGCGUGACGCUCCCCAGGGGCUGCGGCUGGCCGGUGCGCGCCAGGGCCGGCGCCGUCGCCGCUCCGAGGCCUCGGGCAGGCUCGGACCAGAUCCGGGCCGGAUUCAACCCUUUUGUCUACACCCGAGGGCCGCAGAGGUCACAGGGAGAGACACCUUUGCGGCUGUGGAUCCUUGGAGUUCUUGGCGACAAGCAGGAAGGGGAAGCCGGGACCUGGCUGUGCUCGGGUGCGAGUGUGGGGGUCCCUCGCCCCGCCUGGCUCGAGGGCCCCCGGGGCCACUGACUUGCUGCCCGGAGAUGUCACUUCUGGGGCCUGCUGCCAUGACCUUGGCCUGGCUGCUUUUGUGGGUUGGGAGGGAGGUGGAGGAGGGAGCGUGGCUGGCAUAAUUUUGUGCCUGCCAUGGUUCGCCAACUCCUGGACUGCCUGGGGGGCGGUGGCUCCUGAGACGUGGGGCUUCCUCCUCCUCCCACAGACUCCUCCUGGGUGCAGCCUUUCUCACCCAUCAAUCGCUCCUGCUGCAGUGGGUGCUCCUUCCUGGCAGGUGCAAUGUCCACCCCCGCCGCGGGGCGGGGGACGGUCUGGGGGCAAACUUGUUGCUGCUUCUAGCUUGGUGGUGUCUGCCCAGUUACUCAGCCCCUGAUGGACAACUCACCUGGGGUCCCGGAGAGGCUGGGGUCUCUCUAACUCGCCCCACCCCCCACUCUCUCUUCAUUUCCUCCUCCGGUCCUAGCGUAGAAAUAACACCACCAUUUCUUUCUCCUGACUCUGGUCAGAAGGCCCGAGCUGGCCCUCGGAAGACCAAAAUGACACUUCCGUGCCUUGCAGACUGUCCCCUGUUUGUACCUUAGUUUGCAGGCCAGAGGGAUCCCUACCAUUUUACUUUAUCAGGGAGUCAGUUUGUUUUUUGGCUAGAUGUUUUUAUUUAUCUGUUUUCAUUUUUUAGUUUGGAAGGCAGGCAAAGAGAAUUUGAAAGGCAGAGAGAGAAAGAGAGGUAGAGAUAUCUUCCAUCAGUUGGUUCACCCCUUAAUACCUGCAACAGCCAGGACUGGGCUAGGCUGAAGCCAGGAGCCCAGAAACUCAACCCCGGUCUCCCACAUGGGUAGCAGGGACUCCAGUACUUGAGCUACCAUCUGCUGCCUCCCAGGGUGUGCAUUAGCAGGAAGCUGGAGUGGGAGGAGCAGUGGUGUUUUUUUUCUUCCAGUUCAUUGAACUCUUAUGACUAUAAAGUAAACUGAAAGUAGGUCAUUGUAAAGAUUAAGAGAGGGAGGAGGGGGAAGGGUGGGAGCGUGGGUGGGAGGGAGGGUGGAGUGGGAAGUAUCACUAUGUUCUUAUAACUGUAUGUAUGAAAUACAUGGACUUUGUUUACCUUAAAUACAAUAAAAAGUGGAGGAGCUGAGACUCAAACCAGGCACUCCAGUGUGGGAUACAGGCAACCUAAGCGGCAUCUUCACUGCGCCAAAUGCACCCCUGCCCUGGAAGCCAACGUUUGUUCAUGAACUCCCCUGCAGCCAUAAGCUGCAGGAGGGGAGAGAACAAGAGGAGCAGCAGCACUCAGGGUGCAGUCAGUGAGGGCCUGCAAAGUAGCACUGGUGCAAAGUAGCACUGGUUUUCUUUUGCAGUUUACAAAAGUAACACUAUGAAUUGCCCAGAAUUUUGCAUCCAGAAAAAAGGAAAGAACAUUCAACUUUGGGUGUGAAUAAUGUCCUUGGGAAAUUAUCGUGGCCUGUUUUCUGCUCUGUAUCUGGAUACAAGCAGAUUUAAAAAGGCUAAAAAUGGCCUUUUACUGCCCAAACUGCUUCAUAAUAGCUUUCCCCCAGUAGCUUUCCCCCAGUUUGUUAGACCUCAUUGUAAUGUUGUACCUUAUCAGUCCACUUCUAAAGCACAAUUUUAAUAUCUAUCUGGUAUCCUACUUUAGGGGUCUAUCAUAACUUUGAGCAGUCUCCUGUUGAGUGUUUGGUUGUGAAUAUUGCUGAAAUAGAAAUCAUUGCACUGGUGCCUUUGUAUAUCUCAGGCUUUCCUAGCACAAACUUCUAGAAAUGGAAUUGCUGGGCCAAAGUGUGUGCCUGGUUUUAGAGCUUUUGAAACAUUUUGCCAAAUUGCCCUCCACAGGAAUUUUUAUUGUUUUACAGCCCAGUUGAAUGCCUUUUCCCUACAAUUUUUAGGGCUGGGGUCUGUGACGUG